AAAACAUGAGCUCACUUAGACGACGAUGCGGGGCAACCGGCCCUUCGACCAAAGGCUGCGUUUUGCUUCUGGCGUAGUGCUGCUGGUCAUUUCAAGUGCGCUGUUCGCGAGUCCGGCGUUUCUCAAGGCAUUUGCCAAGUUACUGGUCACUCGCGCACCAAAACCUGGCGCUGUGAGGUCGGCGGCGCCUUUCGAGGUAUCAACGUUGUUCCGGUGCAACGAGGCGGAGGUGGCACAGCAUGUGGCGCGGGUCGAGUUGAGCACGUACCAGUGGGAGCGCAUGAGGCGAUCGAAUUUGCCAGCGCCAUGGUCAGAUGUUCCGCAGCUAAGGUCGUUUCGCGAGUGCUUGUCGCAAACGGGCCACAUGCCUUUUGGCACUGUGAUUUCGCAGGACCAGCGGCUCGUGACAUGGACCCCUGGGAGGAACGUAAGCACACCUCACUCCACGAUGCACGGCGGCGGCGUUGAGUGCGUGUCUAACAGUAUUGGACCAAUUGCCGAAGAACUACUAUCGAGCCCUACGAUUGAUGAUUUGGAAUGGGUCUGGGGCGACACUGCAAUGGCAACCAUGUCCGUCGACGACGUACGCCUCGCCCUCAAACAUGCUGAGGUCGCGCUAAUCGGCGACUCCCUCACGCGGCAGCAGUUUUAUUCGCUAUGCUGCCUCCUGGACAUGUUUGACGCUGAACCAAAGCGAAUACACUACCUUAGUGUCGAUAUGAUAUCGCAGAUGCAGCAUUAUCACGCCGAGGUCAUCAACUCAAGCGACAUCGUCCUCUUCGGCAUCGGCCACCAUAUGGACAGGUCCAAGGACUUCCACGCGACGUACGAGGAGAUCCUUGACACUGUUUUCAACUACGCUGCGGCUCGGCGGAGGGAAGGCGCUGCCAUGUGGGUCCGGACACGUUGCCCGAGGCAUUAUCUCGCCGGCGAUCCCCAACCGCCAGACAUGAGGGCGUACCGGCUCCCAGGCGACACAAAUCAGCCCCCGUGCCACAAUUUUACGGGCCCCGCGACGAACCUUACCUACGCUGUCUUGAACAGAUUCGAUGCCACCGGCGUCCCCUUUAUGAACUGCCAACUCCACAAGCGUCACCAGGCCAUGUUGGUGAAAGGUCGCAAAGAUGUUCACUUGCUCGACACAGAGGCGCUCUCGUUCUUCCGUCCCGACCAGCACAACAGAAACGGGUCGGUGUACUCCCGAGGCUCACAGGGGAAACUUCCAUGUGAUCUAUCCCACUACUGCUACGCCGGAUCUGCUCCCAGUGUCCCUGACACGUGGAACAUCCUCUGGCUCAACAGAAUAGUUGCUGACUGGAAAAAACAAGAUCGGAGCGUCGCACGGUAGCCUGUGCCCUCGGCGCUUGGGAUUGAGCCGCUGGUCCAGCACCGCACACAUGCAGUCGCGUCCACGUGAAAUAAAUGACCUGAUUGACUUUACGAACGAUCGCGCAAAAAUUCGGCCCUCUGCGACCUCGCCUCCAGGCGGCACGGCGACGAGGUUACGGCCUACAUCCGCCACGGCGGAGACCGACCGAGUGCCUUCUCGCGAGCACGCGGAGUCGCGGGCAUCGCCGCAGGCCUGCGUGCGCGCUCCUCGUGCGACGCCGAAAGUUGGCGCGGCGUCCCAUGCCACAGUGUGGGUAACAUACGGGGCACACUUGCCCUGCACGUCCAUUUGUAUGCGCCUAUAAUAGCCUAAAUUUCAAAAUGCAUCCA